AUGAAGACGAGAAAAGGUAAAAAAGGAGCGAAGCAAACAGCACCCGCUAAGCGUGCUAGAAACGCAGACGCUGAGGAGGAGCCUGUGACAUGUGAACCGGAAUCUGUCCCACCCCAAGAAGAGGCGAAAUCGCUAUUCUUCCCGGCCACAGCGGUCAAGGAGGACGGGUCGAUAAAAGACGGCGUGCAGUGCAUAGAAACUGCUGGCGUACCCCCAGACGAUGGGGUAAAGAAAGCGGGAGAAGACAAAAUUUUGUCACACUGGUUGUUCGCGGAUGAGGGAUCUGCUGCCAUACCCCCAAGACGUGCUUCCUUGAGCACAAUACGUCCUGGCACCACCCAAAGCAGCAAGUUUGGAUCUUUCGACCAGCCGAAAUCUGACGAUACUGCGGAACGUAAUGAUGAAGCGACGAAUGAAGUGCGGGAUGCUUCACCAACAUUUAGCGUUCCCACAACUGUCACGGAGAACAAAGGAUCAUCCGGGUUCACUAUGGCCUCGGGCAAACCAUGCCCCACCGCAAAACCUGAAGACAUCGCAAGGAUCAAAAGCUUGCUAGGACUUGAUGCUUCAGAGCCUUCCGCAACGGACGCUUCUCUGCCGACACAAAAUGCCUCAGAGAUAAAGCAACCUGAUACCGCCUCCACAGAAAUCGCACAGAUAAACACAAUGAAAGACCUGAGUAUCAGAACAAGGCCAAAACGUCCUAAAACCACGUUGAACGAGCAGACACAGCGACCAAAUCCAACGCCCGCUGUGGCACCACAUACGGAUAAAUUGAAAGAGGAGAUGAACCCAAAAGUUAUCAAGCAGAGCACGGACACACUCACCAGGUCAUCAUCUAUCAAACGAGAUGCGCCCUGUAUAAACACCGAUUUCAAAUCCUUGCUUCCACCACGGACGAAAUCGGUCAGCUUGCUCGAUAUGUGGUGCCGCAAUUGCGUCCUCACCAACCACGAUGGUUCUAGCGUCUCGCCCGCCAUGCUCUCCAGGUUGUGGAACAUAUAUGGGAAUCCCCUCACAGUGACCUAUUCGAACAGCGAGAAAUUUACGUUCAUCAUGUAUUCGCCGUGCGAUGCUUCCAUUACCGUUGGAGGUUUGAACGAAAUACAGAAAUGUUUCAAGCAAAUGAUGGACCAGUGUGUGGAACCCAGCAUGGAACGCAUGCGCUUCGACGACGAAUGGCUGAGAGGGAAGUACUGUCUUUUCACUACCGCACAAUGCAGGAAGUUCCGGAAGUCCAUCUGUCGAUGUAUGCGCAAGAGUGGCAACUUGAAGGAUGCGUUGCGGAAGGUGCAGCUGCCCAACGUUCUAGCCGUACUUACACAAAUCAUCAAAUCAUUCAACAAGGAAUACGGCGGCAAUGAGUCUAUACUUAUGCGCAUCCUGCACGGCGAUGCGCCCACAAAUUCGCCAGUUGUGAUCCGGGUGGAGGACGUAUACGGCGAUAAGGUUUAUAUUACUGAUGGAGAAUCUGUUAUCGCUGCGAAUGCAGCAGACUGCUACGUGAGGCAACUUCUCAAAACGCAGCGUAUACUACCCGGCAGCAAGUUGCAGCUACACGGCAUCUCGAUCGGUACAGACACCUCACGAAGUGAGGGGUCUGCAGUUGUCCAGAUUAACCUGAAUGCAAUAAGCCCUGCACCCAAAAAACCACUAGGGCUACAAAAUAGACACAGUAAUGCACAUGUCAGAGAACUUAAGGCUGGUGCCGGAAGGGUGGCGCAGUUAGAUGUGACCGUUUUGGGUGUCAUGCCGCCAGUAUUCAAGAUCUUCUACAAAGAAACAGGUACUAAUGCUGCGAAAGUGGCGACCCUCAGCGAAUGGGAUUUCAAUUCGUUGUUUGCCGAUCCAGUAUACAAGCCGCCGGUAACGAUCGAAAGUGUUUAUGUACACCACACACUGGCGGUUAUUGAUACAAUUAUUCUGCUCCGGAUCAAGGACUACCAGCAGGAUCCUAAAAGGUUCGAAAAGGCGCUUGUUAAGUCAUGCGCCUUACUUACUCUGAGAAACAUCGAUGAGACUAUAAUGGGCAUGAUAAAGCCAACUACAAGGCUUACUCUCAGCAGCCUAACUGUGAAAAACAGUGGAGAAGCGCGGAGGUACAACACAUUAACUGAAUCCAGCGCACAUAUUGGUAACUACCUUUUCUUCGAAACAAGCACGCAGAGCCGUUUGGAUAUAAAGGAGCGCGAUACACCCCUGCAGCAAAUACGCAAGACAGUGGCUGAGUUUCAAAAGGGAAUAAAAAAUGGCGCUGCGAGUGGCGCAGACAACGACACGGGCAAGGGUGGUGCAAAGUCGAUUUUUCAUACUCUCAUUUUAGGAGAACCUGCUCUAUCGAUAAGCGUGCACAGUGAACAAGAGUUCUUCGACACCCUGCAACAAGGCAGCGAACAGACGGCAAAGCAGAGCGGCGAACUCUUUAUAGACCAGGUGUGCAGCCUGACAGGGGUUGUAAUUGAGGCAGGAGAAAUUAUAAACAUGGGGAGAGAUACACGGGCGUUCAGAUUCUUCGUUCUGACGACGCGUUUUCAGCUAGCAGUUAUAAAAGUUUCGGAGCGAGCAGUGCUGCUUCCUACACACAGCGGCACCCACGAAAAUGCAUGUGGCAAACUGGAUCGAAUACGUCGACGUUUGUUAUCACAAAGAAUCACUGUUGCAAGAGCACCCGAAAAGCCAACACGAAAGAAAGAGGCGCUAUUCAUAGCGUGUCUGCACCUGCAGUAUGCUGGAUAUGACGAAGCUCACAAGGUGUACAACUUCAAUACCACCAGCAGCAGGAUAACCAUACACGACUGCGCUAUAUUGCAACAGCUUCAGACUAGGCUGCAUAACGGCCUAGUAUUUGCCGAAGGAACGGGAUUCGCGCUCAGCGGCAACGCCCUGAAGGCGGCAGGGGAUACACAAUUGGAAAGACAUUGCCGCCUCUUCGCGAAAUCCGUCGCACAAACGAAACUCAAAGUGUGCCAUCUGCUACACACUAGUGCCGAAGAUGCGACUGUGUGCGAAGAAAUGGCUGCGUAUGGCCGUUGA